AUGUCCACCCUCUCCGCCCAACAAGCAACGGCUAAAGCCGUCAUCGAUGGAUACAACGCAUGGAACAUGGAUAAGAUCAUGGCCUACCGAACGGCAGACUGUACACAACAAGUCCUCCCUGCGUCUCUUGGCCGACCAGUCAUGAAUAACACCGAGUAUCGCGAGCGCUUCAGUCAGAUGAUUCCACAUUUCAGGAACUUCAAGGUCACUGUUCACACAGAAGUGCAUGAUGUAGAUGCGCAUACGUGUAUCAUGCAUGCGACGAGUACAGCCGAUAGCGAUAUUGGACCGUACGCGAAUGAGUACGCGCUGAUCCUGCAUUUCACAGAGGAUGGAAAGCAGGUUACCAAGUUUUUGGAAUUCGUAGAUUCGGCUUUCUCCAACAAAUUCUUCAAGGAGCUAAGAGACGCGGGACUUGGACCGCAGUAG